AUGUACGGCAAGGAACGCUGGAACCUGGGCGACAUCUCGUCGACCGCCUUCCACCGCCGCCUCUUUUGGCUGGUAUUGGCUGUUCUCACAACCUCAACACUCUUUCUUCUCAGCCGCACGAACUCAAAGAUCUCUUCCUUCCGGCCGCCCUCCCCAGAAGUACACCCAGUUGCUGUUCCUCCUGCCAAAGAGCCAGUUAAAGUCCCUGAGCCCUGGCGCUUUGAUACGCACAGAGAUGGGCUGAAUUAUGGACUAUCCGAUGAGCAGUGUGAUGCUGCUUUCCCUGACAUAUUCCAGGAGCUCACUCGCGCACGGGACCAUAUCAUCAAGUCCAAAGGUUCGAUCACCAAGGAGGAUGUGCACGUUGAUCGCAAGGAAGAAUACAAAGGUCGCCAGCAUGGGGAGUUUCAUGUCAUGAUAUUUGAUGGCCAGCUGUACAUCAUCAAAGAGGUCCCUGGCGAGCCAGAUCGGUCUCGUGGACUAGCAGCUCUCGCCAACAUGUACCGCGCGUUGUCGUCAAUUCCAGACCCGAAAUCUAUCCCUAAUAUCGAGUUUAUUUUCGACAUCGAAGACGUGGCACAGGAUGCGAACCACAAGCCUGACCGCGUUCGUUGGACUUGGGCUCGCCGCACCGAAAAUCCUUGGUUUUGGGUGAUGCCUGACUUCGAUGGUUGGGCUUAUCCCGACGAUGGUGUUGCUUCGUAUCCUCAAUUUCGGGAAGAUGUCGCUGAGCUAGAGCUCGGCUACAGAAAUGGCUGGGACGAAAAGCCCUCCAAGCUCAGUUGGCGUGGAAGUCUUGCCGUCAACACACAGUUGCGCGGCGACCUUGUUGCGGCCGCUAAAGGACACAACUGGAGCGAUGUAGAGGCUAUCGACUGGCACGACCGCUCCAACAUUAUGGCCAUGCAGGACUUUUGUCGCUAUCAGUACGUCGCCCACACGGAAGGCAACUCUUGGAGUGGACGGCUACGGUAUCUACACAAUUGCGAUAGCGUCCCGGUAAUCCACAAGCUGGACUACGUCGCCCACUAUUAUCCGUUGCUGAAGUCAUCUGGUCCUCAACAAAACUUUGUAGAGGUAAACCGGAACUGGUCAGACCUCAGCGAAAAGAUGGAAUACUUAAUCCAACACCCCGACCUAGCAAGACAUAUUGCCGGCGAAUCUACCAGGGUUUUCAGAGAUAGAUAUCUUACUCCAGCUGCCGAAGCUUGCUACUGGCGCCGAAUGUUCAAACUGUGGCGAUCUGUCAUGAGCUUUGAGCCGCAAUCACAUCGAGUCGCCAAGGACGGGAAGAUAGUGAGGAGGGGAGUCAGCUGGGAGCGGUUCGCAUUCCGCCAAGAGAAAAGUUUUGAGCAUGGCUUCUUCGAGGAGGACAAAACCAAGUAUGAUGAGGAAGACUAA